CUCUAUUGACGAUCUCAGCUGUCAGUAGUACACGAAUAACUACUCAUCGUUUUGAGUUAUCGCAAAGCUCACCGGGAUUUGUGGUUACCGUGGCGAUUGAACAGGUUGUUAGCUGUGGAAAACGUGGUUGGAGGCUCGCUAUGAUGGUCAGGGCUGGCGGUGUUUUGAAGUUGGCAGCAAUCAUCAUUGCAUUCCUCCUAGCUGUCUUUUUGGCUUUUCAACUGCUAGACAUUAACAUGGAUUUUAAGAUGACACGAUCUCUGCCAACGAAUGAAGGCUCAACAAAACCAGUUAGGUACAAGUGUGGGCUGUCCAAGUCAUGUCCUCUUGGACACUUUGCCUUCAAGAUGGCGAGUGGAGCGGCGAGUGUGGUGGGGCCCAGAAUCUGCCUGGAGGACAAAUUACUGAUGAGCAGUGUGAAGAACAACGUGGGGAGAGGAAUCAACAUUGCUUUGGUCAACGGGAGAACAGGAGAACUUAUGAAGACAGACUUUUUUGAUAUGUGGGCAGGAGAUGUGGCUCCCUUCAUUAAAUUCUUGAAGGAAAUUGAUGAAGGGACAGUCGUGAUGAUGGCAUCGUUUGAUGAUCCCGCAACAAAACUUAAUGAUGAAGCCAGGAAGCUAAUUGCUGAUCUGGGCAGCUCGGCUAUCAGUAAUGUGGGCUUCCGGGAUAACUGGGUCUUUGUAGGAGGGAAAGGCAUCAAGACCAAGAGUCCAUUUGAGCAGCAUAUAAAGAACAACGCAGACACCAACAAGUUUGAGGGAUGGCCCGAAGUGUUGGAGAUCGAAGGCUGCGUGCCUCAGCGACAGGACUGAUCUGAGCUCUCGCCGCGGUCGUCAAACUGAUUUCCCGUCCCACACGUCCUCGUUGUCCUCCUGACAUUCCUGUCCUCGUGAGACUUUUUAGCGGUUUACGCUUCUUCUUUGGACAAAAAAAAAAGGUCAUUUUACAUCUCUCACCCCCAAGCCUUUUUAUUCAGAUUUCCCUCCCAGAACAGCUCUCUCUACAAAAGAUAUACGCAGGAAAGAGGAGAGGGCGUCAAAACUUCAGUCAGGAAAGUGAAGCGUCUCGCACUUCUCUCUCUGUUUGGAUGCCAUUACAUAGACGCUUACCGGGGCUUGCAAGUGGAAUUAGUAGGUAGAGUGCUCUGAUAAGAAGGAACUUACCUUUGAUUAUCGGCACACUAUUACACAUUCUAUCUGUAAGACCCACGGACUUAGCUGUGUUAGUGUUGCACUGUUGAUGGAAAUGUCAUAGCCCAGAUUUUUUUGGGGGGGUUAAACUUCCAUUAUCUGUUCCAUGCCUUAGUCUCAUGAACACAUUCCCCUCUUUUUCUUUUUUUUUUUUUACUUCUCUUAUGACUGCGUGAUUCCUUUUGUUCCUUUCAGAGUUUAUUUCCAGAAAAUGAUUAUUAACAGGGUUUUGAAGAUGCUUCUUUUCUUGAUAUAGUAACCAAAUGUACCAGAUUCACUGUGAAAUUUGUAAAUACUUGUUUAGAGGGUCCAGAUUUGAAAGAUCCUAAUUUAAUGAACAUUGUAAUAAUAAUAUAAUUUCUUAAAAUAAAUGAUAUUGUUAGUAAUAUAUAUAUGGGGAUUAAAAGUGUUUUGUUAUA